AUGACGAGCUUCUCAUCCAUGUCCCUGUACGCCUUGACGGUGAAGCAGCCCACGUCCACACAGGACGCUCUCACCGGCGACUUCAUUGGCAAUGGCAAACAGCAGAUCCUCACAGCGAGCGGCUCCAGGCUCGCGAUUCUCGAGGUCUCCCGGCGACAAAAAGGCUUCAACGAGGUCUACUCGCAGGACGUGUUCGGCAUCAUCCGCCGCAUCGCGAAAUUCCGCAUCGCAGGCGGUACCAAAGAUCACAUUGUCAUAACCACCGACUCCGGACGGCUAGUGACGUACGAGUACGUGGCCGACGAGCAGACCUUCAAGACUGUGCACUUCGAAACGUACGGCAAGUCUGGAAUACGACGUGUCGUGCCUGGCGAGUACCUGGCGGCAGAUCCGAAAGGACGCGCCAUCAUGAUUGCCUCUAUUGAGAAGAACAAGCUGGUCUACAUUCUCACCCGAAGUGGCCAGACCGACAUCGCUAUUUCCUCUCCGCUCGAAGCGCACAAGCCGCAGACGCUUGUCUACACCCUGAUCGGGCUUGAUGUUGGAUACGACAACCCCAUGUUUGCAUCUCUAGAGCUUGACUUUUCGAGCUCAGAGACUGAUCCCACAGGCGAGGCGUUCGAUGAGCUGAAGAAGGAGCUUGUGUACUAUGAGCUUGAUCUUGGCUUGAACCACAUUGUGCGAAAGUGGUCAGAGCCGGUCGACCGGACAGCCAAUGCGCUUUACCGAGUGCCAGGAGGUCCCAACGCGCCGAGUGGUGUUCUCUGCUGCGGCCUCGACAACAUCACCUACCGUCGCAUCUUCAACACCAACUCCAACGUGCACCGACUAGCCAUUCCACGUCGCGAAGGUGCAACCGAGGAUCCAAACCGCAAACGUUCCAUUGUUGCUGGUACACUCUACUCACUCAAAGGUGGUGACUUCUUCUAUCUCUUACAGACGGACGACGGCGACGUGUUCAAGCUUACCGUGGACGCGCCUUCCGGCACAGUCGAAAGGAUCAAGAUCAAGUACUUCGACACGAUCCCUGUUGCGACAAGCAUCUGCAUUCUGCGUGCCGGUUUCGUGUACGCGGCGUGUGAAUCCGGUGAUAGGAUUCUGUACGAGCUGGAGUCCUUGGGUGACGAGACUGAUGACCCGAUGUUUGAGAGCGGCCAGUUUCCUGUCGACCCCGAGGCCGUCUUUGCACCACCAUUUUUCAAGCCGAGGGCACUCACAAACUUGACUGCAGUUGAGACGAUGCCAAGUCUCAACCCCAUCAUGGGAAUGGAGAUUGCAAACCCUAUGCUCGAGGAUGCGCCACAAAUCUACACCAUCAACGGCGCGGGAGGUCGUAGCACUUUCCGCACCACGCGAAAUGCCCUGGAAGUACUUGACCUCAUCGAGUCACCACUGCCUCAAAACGCUUCUGAUGUCUGGACCACUAAGCUCACAUUGGAAGACGAAACUGAUACCCUCAUCGUCCUUUGUUUGCACAGUAGGACGCUGGUACUGAAGAUUGGUGAAGAUGUCGAAGAAGCUUCCAACACAGGCUUCAUGGCGGACACAAAUACGCUCGGUGUUCAGCAAUUCGGCGAAGACUGCAUCAUCCAGGUCCACCCUAAGGGCAUUCGUCACAUUCAGGGUAUACAAUUCCCGGAAGACGGUGCUGUCGCAACCCAUACCAGCUUAACCGACUGGCAACCCCCUGCUCACCGAACCAUUGUAGCCUGCGCAACAAACAACCGACAGGUUGCUAUUGCAUUGAGCUCAGGUCAGAUUCUGUAUUUUGAGUGCGACGCUGAUGGUUCACUUGCCAUGGCUGAAGAGGAGAUCGCGCUUGACAGCACGAUCAACUGUCUUGCUAUACCCGAUGUACCUGAGGGCAGUGUACGAGCUUUCUUCAUGGCAGUUGGCUGCAGCGACCAGACUGUCAGGAUCUUCAACUUGUCCCCAGACAUGGAAGGCAAUAUUCUACGGAGCAUCUCAGUGCAAGCCUUGACAUCCCCACCGAGCGGCCUCACCAUCAACAUGAUGUCCGACAAGUCUUCACGUGGCUACAGCCAGUUCUUGCACAUUGGUCUGCGGAGUGGAGUAUACAUUCGCUCCGUCCUCGAUGAGAUGACGGGAGAUAUUGGAGACACUCGCAGGCGCUUCCUCGGUCCAGAACCCAUCAAGUUUGCAAAGGUCACUGUCGCUGGCGAGCCUGCCAUCCUUGCGAUGACAUCCAGACCAUGGCUGGGGUACACUCACCCGCGCACUGGCGUACUACAGCUCACACCACUCAACUACAUCGCCUUCAAGUCUGCUUGGAAUUUCGAAGGUUCACAAUUCAAGGGCAUCAUCUGUGUGAGCGCCAACGAAUUACGCAUAUUCACUUUCAACGAUUUGACGGAUAACACCACGUACGAGACCAUCCAGCUUAAAUACACACCCCGCAAAAUGGUUGGCUACCACGAACAAGGUGUCUUUUACGUUAUCCAGAGCGAAAACAACACCUUGAGUGCGGACACCCGACAGAAGCUUAUCGCUGAAGCCGAUACUAAGCAAGAGGAUGAGGAUGAUGCGCCCAUGGAAAUCGAAGGCGCCAAUGGUGAGACGACAAAUGGCCGUGCUACGAGCGAUGAGCUACCUCCAACUGCAUUCGGCUACCCGCGAGCCCAAGGCAACUGGGCAUCAUGUAUUCAGGUCGUUGAUCCUGUGACCGAGAAGGCCGUUACACAUACAGUGGAGAUCAAUGCCAACCAGUCUCUUGUCAGCGCAGCGCUCGUCUACUUUGAAAGCCGUGGCAACGACGCCUUCUUGGCGGUCGGUACUGCAAAGGACUUGAGCUUCCAGCCCUACCAUUACUCAAGCGCUUCUAUACAAGUCUACAAAAUCUCACCAGAUGGACGCGAACUCGAAUUCUUUCAUGAGACCGAAGUCACCGAGCCACCGACUGCAUUGCUUGCCUUCAAAGGCAAGAUGGUUGCUGGUGUUGGCCGUAACCUCGCUUUGUAUGAUUGUGGUAUGCGCUCUGUCCUCCGCAAAGCUCAGGCCACGAAUUGUGUACCAACACGUAUUGUGGACCUGAAGACCCAAGGUAGUCGUUUGGUCGUCUCGGAUUCGGUCCAGUCAGUCACGUACGUAGUGCACAAGGACCAAAUUCACCCCAAUCGCAUGAUUCCAUUCAUCGACGAUACCAUUCAACGACACACCACCUGUACCGAGAUGUUGGACUAUGACACCACCGUUGGCGGUGACAAAUUCGGGAACCUUUGGUUGGUGCGAUGUCCACAGAAGGUUUCUGAGUCUUCGGACGAAUCUCCUGAUGGAUCCGACAUCCUCGUCGACAAGAGCUAUCUUGGCGGUACUGCCAACCGCCUUGAUAGUGUCGCGCACUAUUUCGCCAACGACAUUCCCAUCUCGAUCCAGAAGACUCACCUACUGUCUGGCGCUGAGCGUAUCAUAUUCUGGGCUGGUCUACAAGGCACGCUUGGUGCCUUGAUCCCCUUCAACUCGCGCAGACAGCACAAGAUGUUCCAGCAACUCGAGUUGCAGCUGCGUUCCGACGACAAGCCGAUGUCUGGACGCGACCACUUGGCUUUCCGCAGCUACUUCAACCCUGUGAAGAGUGUGAUCGACGGUGAUCUCAUCGAGCGAUUCUUGGUCUUGUCUCGAGACAAGCGCGAGAGCAUCGUUGGUCAGUUGACUGGUGCUGAGUGGACCCCGGGAAUGAUUGAUGAAGCGAUCUGGAAUAUGCGAGCACUGUAUGCUUUCUAG